AUGCCUCGUCCUCUGAAGUCCAAUCCCUCCGAGAGCUGCAAGAUCGCCUCCUUGUCCACAUCCGAAGCCUGGCAUCGUUGGACGUCGACGGUGACAGAUGUAGUACAGUGUGUGCUGAGUGUGGUGGGCGACAUAAUGUGGUGUGCUGCUUCAGGAUUCAUGGAGGGGGUGUGCAGCGCUAUCAGGGUUCCAGUCAUCUGCCUGCCUCUGCAGCGCCCGCUCUUGCCUCCUGAUGUCCUCCAGUCCUUCAGCCAUCUGGAGUUGGCUGAUCCUCCGUCCGACAGGCAGCUGUCUGUGGACUUGCUGGUAGGGCUGGACAGCUACUGGGACUUCAUCCGACAAGGUGAGAUCAGGCUGAGCGGGGGACCCGUGGCUCAGGAAACCUCCCUGGGGUGGGUCAUCUCAGGCAAGGUAAGUGGGAAGUCGUCUGGUGGCGUCACCAGUCAGCUGCUAUGUCUCGGAGACAUUCACGAGCACUCUCUUCGCCGGCUGUGGUCUCUCGAGGGCAUCGGCGUCUGUGACUCGGAUGAUGCAGAGCAGGACCAGGUUUUGAAGGAGUUCAGCUCCUCGGUGGUGAAGGCUGAUGGCAGGUAUCAGGUCGCCCUGCCGUGGAAGGCAGGUGCCGCCGAGCACCUGAUGGACAACCGACCCGCCGCCGAGGCGCGUCUGCAGGGUCUGUCGCGCCGCUUGGCGAGGGAUCCGGAGCUUGGGGCAGCAUAUUCUGAGGCGCUGCAGGAAAUGGAGAGCGCGGGCGUCAUUGAGGAGGUGCCCAGUCAUCAGCUGGACGUCUCGCGCCCGACGUUCUAUCUGCCACAUCGCCCUGUCGUUAAAGAGUCUAGCGAGUCGACAAGGGUGAGGCCGGUUUUUGAUGCUUCCGCUGCCGGUCCCAAUGGCGUCUCCCUCAAUGAGUGUCUGGAGGUGGGGCCUUGUCUCAUUCCGUCGUUAGUGGAUGUGCUGCUGAGAUUCAGACGCUGGCAGGUCGCAGUGACUGCAGACAUCUCUAAGGCUUUCCUCCAGCUAAGUCUCAAAGUGGAAGACAGGGACGUCCACAGGUUUCUGUGGGUCCACGAGGGAAGAACACGUGUGAUGCGCUUUCGCAGGGUAACGUUCGGCGUGAGGAGCAGCCCGUUCCUGCUAAACGCUACUAUCCGGCAUCACCUGUCCAAGAGCGCUCCGUCCAGGGCUGUACGUGAGAUGGCCGAGAACUUUUACGUCGACGAUCUGCUGUCUGGGGCCGAUUCCGAGGAGGAGGCUAGCUCGCUGCUUAGUCAGGCUCAGGACGUGAUGGCUGGAGCGGGAAUGACUUUGACAAAGUGUGUCUCCAACAGCGCAGUUGUAUUUGACAAGACUCACGCCGCUAACGGCUCUGGCGAGCGUGAGAGCUCCAAGGUUCUGGGAGUCAUGUGGCGCAGCGGUGAGGACGUGUUCUCGUACGAGGGCCUCACCGUCGCCGCUGAUGUAACGCCGACCAAACGUGUGGUGCUCAGUUGUAUUGCCCGGCUUUUCGACCCGCUGGGGUUCGUGGCUCCGUUUGUGAUGGUGGCCAAGAGUCUGUUCCAAGAGCUUUGGCAACUGGGGCUCGCCUGGGAUCAGGUCAUCCCGGCGGACCGUAGUCAAAUCUUUUCAGAUUGGCUGAGAGGUGUUGACUCGCUGAAGCAGCUGCGGAUACCGCGCUGCUACUCGACUUCCGGCUGGCGACACGGUGAGGGUGUGUCCCUACACGCCUUCGGUGACGCUUCUCCCAGAGGGUACGGAGCGGUUGUGUACCUCCGUACAGCCAGGCCUGAUGGUUCCGGCGAGGUCAGACUGGUGCUGGCAAAGGCGCGGCUCGCGCCGUUGAAGCGAGUGACGGUGCCGCGACUCGAGCUGCUGGGCAGCCUACUGGCAGCUCGCCUCGUCGCUCUCGUGCGCCAGGCACUGAGACUUCCCGAGGACACGGUAAUCAGGUGCUGGUCGGACUCGAUGAUUGCGCUGGGCUGGAUAAGGGGAGAUCCACAGCGCUGGAAGCAGUUUGUGGCCAACAGAGUGCGUUCCAUUCAGAGUCUGACGACUCCGUCCGACUGGGGCCACUGUCCGGGGGAUGAGAACCCUGCUGACUUGACGACUCGAAGGGUGUCGGCUGCGGAACUGCUUGAAUCCGAGCAGUGGUGGAGCGGCCCGAGCUGGUUGGCCUCUCCUCGGGCUCGGCCCGACAGUGGCGAGGCUUGUGACGAGCCGACUGAGUCUGGUCAGGUGACUAGUGUCCCAGUGGAGGUCAGAUCAGAGACAGCGGAGGCCGUUGGCGGCAGCUGUCUGGUGGCUGGUACAGGUGAGCAGCCUGUGUUCUGCACGACCCGCUGGUCGUCUUUAUCGAAGGCGGUCAGAGUCGUGGGCUGGGUGCGCAGAUUUUGUAACAACGCGCGAAACGCGCGUCAGAAGUGCGCCCUUCCCGACCUGUCCUCUGAUGAGGUCGUGUCUGCCCGGCUGGUGCUGCUACGGGAGGAGCAGCGGCUGGCGUUCGCUGCUGAGCUGAAAGCGCUGCAGCAAGCGUACUGGAUAGUGGGUCUGCGCUGCCUCGCUAAGCGAGUCAAGCGCUUCUGUGUUAGUUGUAAGCGGCAGGAUGCUCUAGCCUGCAACAAACCGGCGGCGCCGCUGCCGCGUGACAGAGUGACCCGAGCGCCACCGUUCGCCGUCACAGGGGUGGACUUUGCGGGGCCCAUUUUCGCUGUAGAUUUUCCGCGUCGCAAGUUUUAUGUGUGCCUCUUUACCUGCGCUGUGACGCGCGCGGUUCAUCUUGAGCUCACAGCAUCUUUGUGCCAAGCAGAGUUCUUGAUGGCCCUCAGGCGGUUUGCGGCCCGAAGGGGACUCCCGUCCGUUAUUUACUCCGAUAACGCGCGGACGUUUUGUGGAGCCGACGCGAUGCUGACGCGCUACUUUGGACACCUCGCUCCCAAGUGGAAAUUCAUUGUGCCGCGCUCACCGUGGUGGGGCGGCUGGUGGGAGCGACUGGUUCGCACGGUGAAGGUGGGUCUGCGGAAGUCGUGCGGCUCCAGGUGUCUCUCUCGCACCGAGCUGGAGACGGUGCUCCUUGAGGUUGAGGCCUGCAUCAAUUCCCGACCGCUCACUCCGGUGACCGACUCAUUGGAGGGUGACAGUCCGCUGACGCCCUCCCAUUUUUUGACGGGACGCGGCACAGGCUUUCAGUCGAGAGUGCUCGAGGAUCCGGAGGCAGUGAACGCCAAGAUGCUUUCCGGCGGCGCGGCCAGCUGUGUGCGCCGCUGCGCCUCCCGGGCCGGCUGCAGCGCUCUCUGCUCGACGCUCCAGACGCGCGCCAAGAAGAAGAGUCCCAGCUGCCUGCGGCGCUGUAUGAUGCAGGGUCUGCUGCACCCGGCCCAAUGCCACUCGCUGUGCUGA